GGCGGCCCAGACCAGGCCCGGAUGCUCCAGACCCGGCACCCCUCCGGGAGCGGCGGACGUCCGCGGGGGAGCAGGUGACUGAGGCGGCGGGCAUGGCCGCGGCCUGGAAGCGCGCGCUGCUGGUCCUGCUGGCCUCGCAGGUGGCGUCCUCGGCGGGCUCCUCGGAGGAGGACGAGGUUCCCGGGGAGUGGGUCCUGCUGCACGUGGUGCAGGGCCAGAUCGGCGCCGGGAAUUACAGCUACUUGAGGCUGAACCACGAGGGGAAGAUCGUUCUCCGGAUGCAGAGCUUGAGAGGGGACGCGGACCUGUACGUGUCGGACAGCACCCUGCACCCCAGCUUCGACGACUACGCGCUGCAGUCCGUCACCUGCGGCCCGGACGAGGUGUCCAUCCCCGCGCACUUCCGGCGGCCCGUGGGCAUCGGCAUCUACGGGCACCCGUCGCACCACGAGAGCGAGUUCGAGAUGAAGGUGUACUUCGACCGCAGCGUGGAGCAGUCCCCGUUCGCCGAGGUCGCGGCCUCGGACGGCAGGGACCCGGGGCACAGGCACGCGCAGGCCCCCGAGGACGCGCCGCAGGAGGAGGAGUCGGUGCUCUGGACCGUCCUGAUCAGCGUCCUGAAGCUGGUGCUGGAGAUCCUGUUCUGAGCCCCCGAGCGGCCCGGGAGCCCAGCGCGGCUCCUCGGAGCCCGGCCGCACUGCCUGGCGGGCAUUCGGCGACUUCUCUCGGAGGACGGAAAAUAAAGCCAUACGGUUCCGUUACCUCACAUGCCCCGCAGGAGGGAAAACAGCAAGAACGGUGUGUUGUUUUUCUCCAGAUGCCUAAAUUCCUGUCACGGGCGUGCGCGCAAUAAAACGUUCAAACCCCAGUUUGGUUCGCUCGCCAGGUGACCGGCGCUACUGCAGAAACCCGCGGGGACGGGAAGCGCGUGGACACGGAGCCUCGAGCGCAGCAUCGGCGUCCGACGGGAGGCCGGGCAGCGAGAGCUGUGCCCUGGCCCGAGCCCCCCGCUGCGGUUCCAGUGUGUGCGCCGCGGGGACUCAAAGCAAGUCCGAAAGGUAAUAGUUUCCGGGGCUCCGCUUGCUCCGGAGGUCAGGGGAGCCGCCCCGUCCUGGCAGGUUUCCAGGCUGCCCCAGGUCCUGCCUGUAUCUGCUGCGCCGACUGUCAUCCGGCCACGUGCAAACCUCACCGCGGGCGCCCGUCAUCACAAGUCUUCCGUCAAGUACAACAGGCCAGAAACAACGCAGAUUAGGGCAGUUUCGCGCAGAGACUGGUCACUUUCAGGUCAGUGGAGGAAUAGUUGAGAUUUCAAUUAAGUUCUCUAAUAUUUCCCACUGCACUUCUGGAUAGAGCCAAAGUACUAACGAGAUUAAAAAACACUUUGGGAAAAUGAUUAUUUCUCUACU